AUGCUAAGAGGUUGCCCGCGGAGAGAUUCUGGGACUGGGUUGAACCAUAGCCCUGUGGGAUGGGAGGUUGACCCGAAGUGUGUAAGGACCUACGAGGAGGCCACGGCGCUGAAAGGCAAGAAGAUCAUCUUCGUCGUGGGGGGUCCCGGCUGCGGCAAGGGCACCCAGUGUGACCGGAUCGUGGAGAAGUACGGCUACACUCACCUGUCCACAGGUGACCUGCUGAGGGACGAGGUCAAGUCGGGGUCAGCCCGGGGCAAGAAGCUGACCGAGAUCAUGGAGCAGGGAAAGCUGGUGCCCAUGGAAACCGUUCUGGAGCUGCUGAAGGACGCCAUGGUGGCCCGAGCGGGCAAAUCCAACGGUUUCCUGAUCGACGGCUACCCGCGAGAGGUCAAGCAGGGCACGACGUUUGAGUCUACGAUUCGCGAGUGCGACACCGUCCUGUACUUCGAGUGCGCCGCUAAAACUAUGACGGAGCGUCUCCUGGGCCGCGCCAAGACCAGCGGCAGGGCAGACGACAACGAGGCGACCAUCAAGAAGCGGCUGGACACCUUCUACACCGCCACCGAGCCUCUGGUCAAGUAUUACGAGGACAAGAAGAAGCUGAACAGGAUCAACGCCGAGCGCGCGAUUGACGCCAUCUUCCAGGAUGUGGUCAAGGCUCUCGGUCCCGCUCCGCCAGCAGCUGGACAAGACAAGCUGCAGGGGAAGAGGGUGAUCUUCGUGGUGGGCGGUCCCGGAUGUGGCAAGGGCACCCAGUGUGACAAGAUUGUAGCCAAGUACGGCUACACUCACCUGUCCACAGGUGACCUGCUGAGGGACGAGGUCAAGUCGGGGUCAGCCCGGGGCAAGAAGCUGACCGAGAUCAUGGAGCAGGGAAAGCUAGUGCCCAUGGAAACCGUCCUAGCACUGCUGAAGGACGCCAUGAUCGCCAGGGCGGACAAGUCGAAGGGUUUCCUGAUCGACGGCUACCCAAGGGAGAUCAGGCAGGGUACCGAGUUCGAGUCCAACACGCUGGGGAAGACUUCCCAGCAUUGGAAAGACCAGAUCGUAAAAGACAUUGGAUUAAAGCUGAAGGCAGAUAAAACUGGGGCAUAA